AUGGAGGACGUUCUGCGGGCCGAUUACGGCGAUGCGGCCCAGAAGGCUCUGAACGAUGCCGCCAGGGCCAAAUCCAAGCCCUCAUCUACGGCCCGGAGGGAGCGCGCGCUGGCGCCGGAGCUCCCCGCCAUGGAGCGCGACAAGCCCUACCGCCCGCCGUUCUGGGAGUCGAAGAAGUUCGGCGAACCGUACGGCGACUUCAAUCGCGUCGCCAAGCCCAAGGCGGUGGUCGUGGUCCCGAAGCCCCCCGCGGGGGUCCCGACGACCGACCUGAAGGGGCGACCCGUGCUGCGCGACAACGCCACGAUGCGCGCCAGCGGCAAGCUCUCCACGGGUAAGACUGCGCCCGUCGCCGCCCUCGCCAAGAAGACCGGGCGCCUGAGCGUCAAGGAAGAGGAAGCCGUCGACGCGGCGUACCGGCAUAACCUCGCGGUGGGUAACCGGCUGCAGGAGCUCGAAGAACAGAUGCGUUCGGCGCUCAAGGCCAGGCGCCAGCUGCACUGCGCCGAGCGCGAGCUGCUGACGAACGCCUUCGCGAGAGUCGACCCGGACAAGACUCGCGUCGUCUCCGUGGAGCGAUUCGUCGAGGUUUGGAAAUCGUUCGGCGUCGAAGUCACCGACCGAGAGGCCAGGGCGGCGUUUAACAAGUACGGCCAGACCCGCGACGGGUCCCUGCCGUACCCGGUGUUCACCGAGGCGCUUCUCGUGGGGAAAGCCAGGCUCGUCGGGAUGUCCUCGGAGGUUAGACGCGGGGCGUUUCCCCUCAACCGCCCGGCGGAGGAGUACCAGUUCCACGGAAAGAUCCUGUACCCGCAGUGUCGCAAGGGGGUGUUCACGCCGAGCGGCUGGGACGGAAGCCCCGCGAGGCGCUCGUGCAAGGCGCCGGACGCCACCAUGGAGCUGACGUGGGUCCACGGCUACGCGCGGGACUGCCUCGCGAACAACCUCUUCUACACCGCAACCGGCGAUAUCGUCUACUUCACCGCGGCUUUGGGAAUCGUGUACGACAAAGACGCGCACUCGCAGCGGUUCUUCACCGGGCACGACGACGACGUCAAGUGCCUCGCGAUAUCCAACGCCCGGGACCUGUGCGCCAGCGGUCAGGUUGGCAAAUACCCGUACGUGUGCGUCUGGGACCCGGCGACGUGCGAGGAGAAGAAGAAGCUCCGUCACCCGGCGGUUCGCGGAAUCGCGGCUGUCGAUUUCUGCCGCGACGCCAAGCUCCUCGCGUCCGUGGGCAUGGACAACAACCACACCAUCUUCGUCUGGGACUGGCGCGCGGGUAAGUGCGCGCACGAGGUCAAGGGACACACCGACGUCCCGCCCAAGGUUUACGGAAUCGCGUUUGACCCGUUCGGCCCGGAUCCAACCGCAUUUUUAUCGUACGGCGUGAACCACAUCAAGUGGUGGAGCAAACCCGAGGGGAGCAAGACGUACACGGAGGAGUCCGGCAAGUUCGCACCCGCGGCGAAGAAGCACGCGGUGAUGUCAGCGGCGUGGCUGCCGUCCGGUCGGUGCGUCACGGGUACCCCCGACGGCGCCAUCGCUGUUUGGGAUUCUCGCGACAGAAAAUGCGUCCGGGUCGUCAGGGCGCACGCGGCUGGCCCGCAGGUGACGCGCGAGGACGGCCCGCCCACGCACCACGGCGUGCGCUGCCUUCGGCUUCGCGCGGACCAAAAGACGCUGCUCUCCGCGGGCGCCGACGGCCACGUCAUCUCGUGGGACGUCUCCUCCGGCGACCUCAAGGAGGGCUCCGUGCUGGGAGCCGUUCCGGUGAAGCGACGAUCGGGAAGCGACGCCCCACAUCCGCCGGUGUUCCGCGGCCUCGACUGCGCGCCGGGCAGCGACGUGUUCGUGGCGGGGACGCACAGGUCCGAGGUGUGGGAGAUUGACGACACGCCUCGCGUGCUGAUCCACGGCCACUCGGCGGAUCUCUACGGAGUCGCUUGGAACCCCGCGGCGCCGACGGAGUUCGCCACAGCGUCCGAGGGCGAACACGUGCACGUGUGGUGCGCGGCGUCGCGUAAGCUGCAGAGAACGGUCGCGCUCGGGAGCAAGGCUCGGUGCGUGGGGUACUCGCCGGACGGCGGGGAGCUCGCGGUCGGUUGCAAGAACGGCGGCGUCCACGUGCUGGACGCCAAGUCGCUCAUAAGGCUCAAGUGGAUGAAGACGCUGGCCGAGUACGUCACGGACGUCAAGUUCUCCCCGGACGGCGAGUUGCUCGCGGCGGCGUCCGCGGACCAGCGCAUCGACGUGUACGAGCGCAAGGGAGGGUACAAGAAGAUCGCGACGUGCCGCGGGCACAGCGCCACGGUGAGGCACGUCGACUGGUGCGCAGAGUCUAAGAUUCUGCGAACGGUGUGCGGCGCGUACGAGAUCUUAUACUUUGACGCGCGCACCGGCCGCCAGGUCACCGCGAACCAGCGCGACACGAAGUGGGCGACGUGGACCUCGGUGUUGGGCUUCGACGUCAUGGGCAUCUGGCGCGACGGGAGCGACGGCACCGACAUCAACGCGUGCGACGUGAGCAAAUCCAGGCGGCACGUCGCGUGCGCCGACGACUUUGGCGGCGUGUCCCUGCUCAACUACCCGUGCGUCGUGGAGGAUGCGCCGUGCGCGGUGGGGCGCGGGCACUCGUCGCACGUGAUGAACGUUCGGUUCUCCCCGGACGACGAUUGGGUGGUGUCCGUCGGCGGAAAGGAUCGAGCCGUUUUCCAGUGGCGGUUCAGGGAGAAGACGCGGGAGAUACCGAAGACGGCGCCGGCGCCGUGGGAGGCUGCGGAGGCUGAGUUGCGCGGGAAGGCGCGCGGGGCGGCGGCGCCGGGUGGGACGAGGGGCGCGGCGCCGUGGGAGACGCCGCCCGCGCUCAAGCAGUAG